UGUUUGCUCAUCAUCUUCAGAAAUCUGUUUGAUUGUAGGGACCUUGCAUGUAUUGUGAUUGAUGUGUGAUACAUGCAUGACAGUGCACAAUAAGUUCGUAAAGCUCAUCAUCAUCUUCAGUGUGUUUGCAGGCAUUUUCUCGCCUAAGAAGGUGUUUAAUAUGCAUUAUUGACACAUGUUGACUGUGCAUAUUAAUAAAGAUUUCACAAAUGCUGCUUUGACUUUUUAAAAGUACAUUUAUGUUCAUAUAAAUGCGUGAUACCAUCGUUGACAUUUUCAGAAAGCAGUGUUUGCUUUCACUUUGCUUGCUUUUGAGGCGUUUUAAAAUGCAUUAAUGUAAUGUCUUUUGGCUGAGCAUAUUAUCAUAUGCUACUUAAAUGCUGCUUUAACUUGAUAGAGUACAUUUAAGUCCAUAUAGUUUCAAUUUCGUGUCCUAGAUGCGCAUUAACAGCGUGUAGGUUGUUUUGGCUGUGCUUAACACUUUGUUGCUCUUGCAUUAAAGACCUAGUCUCAUCUCGGUCUCGCAGAUGUGAUGUUACAUGACUGCUCUGAAACGAAAGGAAGCUGGUUUUGAAGCAGUGUGCGCGCAAUGACGCUGUUGUUGUGCGCAAGUGUGUUGACGCCACUCGUGGUCUCUUAAAUCGAUCGAUUCAGGAGGAUUUGGGCACUUUGAGCAGGAGACAGUUGAGUUUGCACGACUGCCGCGUCGCUUGCGCUUUCUAACCAAGUUUAGGUGCGUAUCCUCGUGCUUAAGUGGAGAUUUUAAAUGGUGCUCCGAAAGUUACCCGGUGUCUCAGCAUCGGGCAUGGGGCUUCGUCUGUCUCAGAAAUUCGUGUUUCUGCUGUUCCUGUCGGGGUUGGUUACUCUGUGCUUCGGGGCACUUUUCUUUCUCCCCGACACCGUGCGCCUGAAGCGCAUCUUCCUCUCCAAGAACGAGAAUCCCGCGGUGACGGUGGGCUCCGAUAGUGUGCUUUCAAAAAAGGUGCCCGGGGAUCCAGAGCAUCAGCGGGCGGCUUUAAAAGUGGGCGAGGGGUCGAAUGUCAAGCCUAAAGUGAGCCGCAAGCCCUCGGUCACCCAUGGAGCGAGAACCGUGGAGAGAUCUGUUGGGAGUAGAGCGCAGGACGAGAGGAGUCCGGCGAGGGCGCACGAACCGGCGGCUGGAGACGAGCGGGUCACCUCGGCCGCUCACAGCGGGGAACACGGCAGAGCUUACAGCUACGAGGCGUUUAAAAAGUGUCUGCUCAAACCAGCUUUGGGGAAGAACCAGGGAACUCCAUCAGACUCCGAGACGCUUCAGCGGAGGGAGAAAGUGAAAGAGAUGAUGAAGUUUGCCUGGGACAACUACAAACGUUACGCUUGGGGACAGAAUGAACUCCGACCUCUGACCAGGAACGGACACAUCGGGAAUAUGUUUGGUGGACUCAGAGGCGCUUCAAUCGUGGAUUCUCUGGACACGCUGUACAUCAUGGGUCUGAUGGAGGAGUAUGAGGAAGCCAAGGAAUGGGUCCAAAACAACCUGGACCUGAUCUCGAAUGGAGAGGCGUCCCUGUUCGAGGUAAACAUCCGUUACGUUGGCGGACUUCUCUCUGCGUACUACCUGACAGGAGCUGAGAUAUUUAAGCAAAAGGUGGUGGAGCUGGGUGAGAAGUUGUUACCUGCCUUCAACACCCCCACAGGCAUUCCCAGAGGAGUCAUUAACCUGGGCAGUGGCACCAGCUGGAGUUGGGGCUGGGCAUCGGCUGGCAGCAGCAUCCUGGCAGAGUUCGGCACGCUGCACCUGGAGUUCAUCCACCUGUCCCAACUGUCCGGAAACCCCCUGUUCACGGAGAAGGUGAUGAACAUCCGAAAGCUGCUGAACAAAAUCGAGAAGCCUCACGGUCUGUAUCCCAACUUCCUGAGUCCCGUCAGCGGCAACUGGGUACAGCAUCACGUUUCUAUCGGAGGUCUUGGGGACAGUUUCUACGAGUACCUGAUCAAAUCCUUCCUGAUGUCAGACAAGACGGAUCAGGAGGCCAAGAAGAUGUACUACAGCGCCAUGGAGGCCAUCGAGACGAACCUGGUGCAGAAGUCUCCGGGUGGAUUGACGUAUGUGGCCGAGUGGCGAGGAGGAAUCCUGGACCAUAAGAUGGGGCAUCUGGCCUGUUUCUCCGGCGGGAUGAUCGGCAUCGGUGCUGACGACGGGCCGGCGGGACACAAGCAGCAUUACCUGGACCUGGCUGCUCAAAUCACUCACACCUGUCAUGAGUCCUACAGCCGCUCAGCCACCAAACUGGGUCCAGAGGCUUUCCGCUUCGAUGCAGGAGCCGAGGCCACAGCCACCCGAAUGAGUGACCGCUACUACAUCCUGAGGCCAGAGGUCAUCGAGAGCUACAUGUACAUGUGGCGUUUGACCCAUGACCCCAAGUACAGGCAGUGGGGCUGGGAGGCUGUUGAGGCGUUGGAGAAGCAGUGUCGUGUAGAAGCAGGUUUCUCGGGAAUCAGAGACGUGUACGCCUCCACAGUCAGUCACGACAACAUGCAACAGAGCUUCUUUCUGUCCGAGACGCUCAAAUAUCUGUACCUGCUGUUCUCGGACGAUGAUCUCCUGCCGCUGGACGACUGGGUGUUUAACACAGAGGCUCAUCCGCUGCCUGUUAUACGCAAAAGAUGCCUGCAGGAGCACAGCAACCCACAAGAUGACGAACAGACCAACCUGGAGUAGUAUUUACCAUCACACACACACAUGGAUUCAACCUCACGGGUCCUGACAUGGAUUCUCAGCUCCUUUUCUAUAAAGGAUGUCUUCAUAUAUAUAUAUAUAUAUAUAUACGCUGUGAUUGUAAAUCUCUGAGCCGAGGCUUUCCGCUCUCUUCGGCUGGUGCAACUUUCCGUGGACAAUCAGUGAAACAUGACUUUCAUGUGAAGAGCACCUUUUUUUCUUUGCUUCUUUCCUCUAUGAGGAAAAACGAAUAACUUGCAGCCCCGAAUCUGUGGGAGGAGUGUUGUACGAUGGCGGGCCAUGCUGAGCGAAAGAGAAAACCACUUUUCUUCACGUCUCUCCUGUAAUUUAUCUUUUCUUUCAUCCUUUCAUUGUGUAUUCCUUUCCUGUCUCUUCUGCCAAAGCGUUUGCAGUCUUUUCUAUUUCCCAGCCCUUGAUAUUUUGUUCUAUCUAGUUUCGAUUCCAAUUUUGUGCUAUGAUUUCUUUCUUUUUUUUCAAGGACUGAGAUAUUUACAAACCAGACAAAAGAAGGAUGCUUUGUGAAAUGUGUUGUACAGAAUUGGUUUGAACAGGAAGUUGAAUGAUGUCAUUGGCAGGGCAGGAUUGUUUUACCUGAUUGUAAACUUAAAAUGCUUCAGCUGCAUUGUGAGCCUCGGUGUUGUGCACGACAUGUUUCAAAGACCAGCAUCACCAGAGGAAAAACACACUUGCACUGACACCGGAUGGCCACUAGGGCUGGGCGAUUUUAUAUUGAAUAUUCAUUAUAUUUUUGCAUGCAAUUAUUUUAAUGUGCUUUUUAAGUCAGACUAGUUUCAUGGUGGUUCUUCAGUAUCAAAAACUGGAUUUAUGUUUGAUUCAUUUCCAUGAAUCACAUCAAACUGCAUCCUUUUUUAUGAAUCGAUUCAGAAUCUAAAGCAAAGAUGCAAUUGCAUCACCCUUCAGAAAUCCAAACGAAUGUGAAUCACAAUUAUUUUAAUGCACUAUUUAAUUAGUCCUUUAAGUUUCAUUAAGAUUGCAGCAUCAGACUAGCUUCAUUAUGAUUCCUCAGUAUCAAAAGCAACAUUUACAUUUUAUUAAUUUCUGUAACUCGCCUAAAACUGUUUGAAUCAAUUGAUUCAAAAAGCAAAACAAUAUUUUCAAUAUUAUGAAUUACACAAUUAUUAUUUGUCCAUUGCAUUUCCUAAAGAUUGAGUUGUUAAAAUAGUUUCAUGAUUCUUCUCCAGUGUCAAAAACAGCAUUUAAGUUUGAUUCCUUUCCAUGAAUCACUUCAAACUGAUUCAACAAAUGGAUUCAAAACUCUAAAAAGCAAUGAUGCAUUUGUGUCAUCCUUAAAAAAUGC